AAAAAAAAUAUUAAAAAACUGUUUGACAUUUCACUCAUUGAUCACAUCAUAUGAAAGACACAACAAAACAAACAAAUACUAAUCACCGCAACUGAUCCGUCAAAUACUGUGCUGAAGUAUAGCAUUAAAAUCCAAUCGUAUUGUUGUUGGACAUCAUCAUCAUCUGUGUGAAGGACAUCAUCAUCAGUGUAUCGACUCAUAUGACUGUGCCGUCAAAGACAUGUAAUGCGUGGUAACUGUUGUCGUCCACGGAUUGGUCGUCAAUAUUUGGAUGAUGUCCUCAUCGGGUGGCGGCGGUGGUGCCAAUAGUAAGGCUCCCUAUUAUUAUGGAGAACUGGUCAAGAAGGAUAGUACAACGGGAGCGACAACUAUUGUGGCCGCUGGUAGUGGUGGCCAACAGAGUGUGGUGAUUGGCGGCGGCAGCAGCAACAGCAGCGUCGGUACCAACAGUGCCAUCAUAGCCAAUGCCAUCAACAAUAAUAGCAACAACAACAACAACAAUAUCAUUACAUCAGCAAACAAUGUCAAUCAUAACAUCAACUUAAACAACAACAACAACAAUCAGUUAAGCCAUUCGUCGACAAUCGCAGACUCGCUGACAAUGACCGCCAAUCAUCAGACAUCAAUUAUUUCGGCCUCCGAUGACUACGGCUACAGUCUUGGUGGUGGCCGUUCAGCGUCACGAUGUUCACAAUCAUUGUCCAGACCGUCCAGCAGUAGCGCCAACAUAUCAUCGCACAGUCUACUCAUGAGUGGCUCUCAAUCGCACUACGGUAUUGCCAAUCUGUUGGCUGCCAAUAAUAAUAGCAACGGUUCAACUAAUAACAGCUACAACAACAACAACAACAUGUUGUCGGCAUCGCAACAGAUAACAUCGUUUGCCAAUCCAUUGUUGGGCAUAGAGGCCGAUACCAGACACGGCGGUUCAGAGAGUUUACCCAGAAAUUUGCAGCCAAUUUCAAGCAAAAAGCCGAAUCUAUUUCAGAAACAAAGUCACCAAAAACAAGGCAUUUAUCAACGAUCGCUAUCGCUGUUCGCCAAUGGUGUCAGUCCGUUGCUGAGGAAGAAAAAAUCUAAAGCAAACAAUAACUCAAACAAUGCCAACAACAACAACAACAGUAACAACUGUACGUCAGCAACAACGACGACAACAGGAGGAAUGAUGGCUACUAUGGCCGGUAUGAAUAGCGCCAACAUUACCGACAAUGAACUGUUGAAUGUUGUGACCGGUACGGCCAGUUUGGCCAGACGUCGCCGAAAAUCUGAACCGAUUAUGUUUAGCUACGAUUCGAUUACUAAUGAAAUCAGUCGACUUCAGCAACGACAGGAACAAAUACUCGAGAAUCUCAAUCUAGAUUUUGAGACAAUGCUCAUGAAUGACGCCAACGCUGGUCUAUCGUUAUCGGCCAACAAUAGCAAUCACGGCGGCUCGUCGUCGCUUAAUAAUAUAUCCCCGAACUCUAACGGCAAUAACAACAACAAUGGUGUCGGCGGCGGUGAUUAUGGCCGAACCAUACAGUCGUCGGCGGGGACGACGACCUACAAAGAACCGUUUUAUAUGCUAUACGAAGAAUCGCAUCGAAACAAUCGGGCCGAAGAUAACAUCUACGAAGAGAUUGAUUUUUUGACCUUAUCGUCACUGCGGGCCCAAUACGCCGACACAUUGAGUUUGCAGAGCUACAAGAAAAAAGGUGGCGCCAAACGAUCGAUGGGUUCAUCCAGUUUUACCCGAUGGUUCUCAACCAGGAAGAAGUCGUCGCCGACAUCGAUGAACAGUGAAGACGAAAAUCCUUAUAUUGAUAUUAAGAUAUCGAAGAAACAAAGGCCACCGAUUUGUUUGCCAGAAAUUCCGCCACAGGGUCUGACUCAGGAGCAGCUAAAACGAAGAUAUAUAAUCGGUUCGAUUGUCGAUUCGGAAAAUUCGUACAUCAAUUCAUUGCAACGUAUUAUUGCCGAAUACAAGAAACCGUUGGAGGAAUCAAAUCCAACCAUUCUUAGCCAAAACAAGAUUAAUACGAUUUUCCAUCGAUUGGAACAAAUACUACAAUGCCAUACGAUAUUCGGUAUUGCGUUGAGUCAAUGUGUCCGCGAAUGGGACGACAAAGAACGUAUCGGCGAUGUCUUCAUUGCAUCGUUUUCGAAAUCAAUGGUUUUGGACAUCUAUUCGGAUUUUAUUAACAAUUUUACUAAUGCUAUGGAAACGGCACGCAAAGCAUCGAAGUCUAAGUCUUCGUUUGCCCAGUUUUUGCGCGACAAAUCGCUCUCUAGUCCCGAUCGGCUGUCGUUUUUCGGUCUAAUGGUAAAACCAGUGCAACGAUUUCCCCAAUUCAUACUAUUGUUGAGCGAUCUGUUGAAACAUACACCCGGAGAACAUCCCGAUCGGAUGUCGUUGCAGUUGGCACUGACACAACUGGAAUCGCUGGCCGAUCGCUUGAAUGAACGCAAACGAGAUGCCGAACGACAUUUUGCUGUCAAACAACUACUUAAAGACUAUUUAAGUAAUUCGACCACCAAUUCGUCGCAUCGGUUCCUACUGCGUCAGGACGAUGUCUAUCAAUUGGAUUUGGACGCCAGUACUGGUCUGGUUAUGAAAACCAAAUGCCGAAAACUAUACUUAUUGAACGAUAUGUUGGUCUGCGUAUCGGUUCCGGCCAAUCGACUCAAGUUUGCCGUCUCUUUACAAGACGUCGAUGUUAUCGAUGACGUAACUCCAGCAACCAAUAACCUCAUCGCCAACUCAUUGCUGAGAACGAAAGAUGCUUCUGCCGCUUCAUCACCAAAGCAUUGUUCUGUCGAAAGAAUGUAUUGUGAUUUAAAUAAUUUGAUCCACGAUCUGGAACUGAUGAGCCGUAUAACAAAUUUGGUAUCGACUUUGCGCUACCAAUACAAUGGGCUGUCUAUCGAACUAACCGAACAGAUUAGUACAGAAAUUCGGGAAGAAAUUCGCCGAAAAGAUGCACAAAUAACACUUAUUGAUAAAAGUUGUCUACAAUUGAGAAUCAGAUCGAAGAACUACAAAGAUAUUAUCUGUAUACAGAUGUCGGAUCCAGAAGUCAAACGCGAUUGGCUUAUUGAUGUACGACUGGCCAAACUGGCCUUAGAUAGGGCUAACAAUCCGGCCUGGGAUGUGGUUACCGAAAGUAUAUCUUCAUCGACAAACAAUAUCAAUGCAAUAGUUCCGCAUCGCGUACCACUGUUUGUCAAAUCAUUGCCAAUAUUUGCUACCAGUGACGGCUCGCAACUGAUCUGUGCUCUUCAUUACAAACAUUUCCGUGGCGGAGGCGGCGUCGGAGGUGUCGGUGCCGACGGUCUAGCACUCGACAUGGAUACCGGUGUUCUCUGGAUCUGCAACGUCAACGAAAGCGGCUCCCAAUUGGGCGCCCUGUCCACCAACGGUGCCGAUAUCAGUCUUAUCCAUUCCUAUGAAUUAUGUGAUUCGCACGUAACCUGUAUCGAAUCGGUCGGUUCCUAUUCGGUAUGGAUCGGCCUACGCCAGGGCCGUAUCAUUGUCAUCGAUGCCAACUCGCCGGCCGAAUGGCAACAGUUUGCCGCUUUGGACGUGGCCUGCGAGGUGACCUGUAUCAAACAUUAUGGCCAGUAUGUUUAUGUCGGUCUGAUCAACGGUUUGGUGGCACUGUUCAAUGCUACACACUAUGAGGAACCGAUUAUAUUGACGUUAACCCAGUGUCCGGUUACCUGUUUGUUGCCGAUCAACGACGAUGUGUUUGCCUGUUCGGGCGACAAGAUCUGGAUCAUCAGCGGCGUAGAAGUUACCCGAAGCUAUUCGCUACAAAUUGCCGACGACGACGAUGAAGAUGUUUGUCUGAGUAUUGACGAUCAGAUGCGACCUAAUCUGUUAGCCCAUUGCGGUAUUGGUCUGUGGGUCAGUCUGGUUGAUUCAUCCAUCAUCAAGUUGUUCCAUACGGAAACGUUUAAACAUUUACAAGAUCUGAAUGUUGCCUCAAAUGUCAAACGAAUAUUGAACGAAGGAUCCGAUGUUAUUAUUACCGUAACGGCAAUGUUGGCCACUCGUGGCCUACUAUGGGUGGGAACCAAUGUCGGCGUGAUAGUGACCUUGACUCUGCCCCGUUUGCAAGGAGUACCGCUUGUAUCCGGCUGUCUGAAUGUUGCCCUACAUCGACAUAUCGGUCCGGUAACCAUAUUGUUGAGUCUGAGUACGGGAGCCGAGUGUCCAAAUUCGCCCCAAUCGGCCAGCAAUCAGUCGAAUAAGUCAAACAGGGAUACAGUGGAUACGAAAAAUGAAGAUGUCGAAUCCAUUUAUGGCCUGUACUCGGAUCUGCUCAAUGUUGGCGACUAUGUCGGUAUGCGUCGGCCGUCGCACAACAUAACCACUACGAAAAUGGCGUGGGAUUUGUCUAAUAUGAACAUAUCGGAUGAUUCGACAUCCGAGAGUGCAUCGAGCGGUGCCAUCUAUCACGACGGUAGCCAACAACAGCGGCCGCUGUCUGGCCAUCAGCCGAACAGCCAUAAUGCCAAUAAUCUGGUGUCGCUGACACCCGACGAGGCCGGCGGCGGCGGCAAUGUUAACAAUAAUAAACGCAAUCACAUAUACGAAACCGGCAGCGGCGGCGGCGGUGGAUCCAAUCUGAGCUCUAGGACAGCAUCGACGGCCCGGCUCACCAGCAAUAUAUACGACUGCGCCAAAUCGCCCGUACCGUGCGGUUCGGGUGGUGUUGGUGGUGGUCAUCCGCAACUACAGCAGCAGCAGCUGCUGCCGCCGAGGUCGGCACGGGACCAAAUGAUGCCAAUCUAUGAUACGACGCCUCCGAACAUGGUCAGCGGCGUCGGAACCGUCACGGGCGGCGGCGCCGGCAAUAGCAAAACGGCACUACUGUUGACGGGAGGAAACGGCUACAAAAGGGGAACACUAAGCGAUACCCCUUAUUCAUCACUACACGCCCAUUGUAUUGUAUGGGAGUAUAAAUUAUAAUUAAAAAUUUAUAUAUAUAAAAAAACUUAAU